AUGUCUUGGGAAGGUUUCAAGAAAGCAAUUAACAGAGCAGGAGGCUCAAUUCUCGUGAAGGAAGUGGACAAAACAAUUGAUAAGGAUUUCGACUCCGAGGAGCGUAGAUACAAAACUUUGAAGAAUGCUGGCCAAGGAUUACAGAAAGCGUCCAAGGGAUACUUGGAUGCAUUGAGAGCUGUGACAGCAUCUCAGGUCACAAUUGCAGAGAUCGUUUCCAAUUUGUACGAGGAUGGCACCAGCAGUGGCUCUGGUUCAGCAUAUUCAACAGUUGGUGCAUACUACUUACAAUCCGUGAGAGAUAUAGACGAAGAGACUGUGAAGCAGGUCGAUGGUCCUUUCCGAGAAACCAUUUUGGAUCCAAUCACAAAGUUUGCUAACUACUUCAACGAGAUUGAUGAAGCUAUCAAGAAAAGAAUCCAUAAGAAAACAGACUACGACCAAUGUAAGGCUAAGGUGAGGCGUUUGAUCGAUAAACCAGCAAAAGAUGCGGCUAAAUUGCCACGUGCAGAGAAGGAAUUGUCCAUGGCAAAGGAGAUUUACGACGGAUUGAAUGAGCAAUUGAAGGCCGAGUUACCUCAGCUCAUUAGUUUGCGAGUACCAUUUUAUGAUCCUUCUUUUGAGAGUUUGGUGAAGAUUCAAUUGAAAUUCUGCACUGAGGGCUACUCAAGGUUGGCGCAAGUUCAGCAAUACUUGGACCAAGCUAGUCGUGAUGACUACGCCAACGGAGUCUUGGAUGGUAAGAUCGACGACUUGAUCAUGCAAAUGAAUGGGUUGAAUAUAGCUAGUAUUGCGAAAUAG